AUGACCUUAAACUCAUCCCCAGACAUGGAGGAAUCAAACUUUCUGGAACGGAAUCCGGUCAUUCAAUUUGCACGACGUGGUCUAUCUUUCUUGAUUUUCGGUGUUGCUAUUGCCGUUGUAGCGUGCGAAGCCCCGCCCUUGCGACAUUAUAAGAACACCUCCCAGUAG